AUGAACUCCAUCAACAACUGCCUGCCAAAAAUCAUGGCUGAAAUCCUUCAGACUGUUCCUCAAGCUUUCAUUGAUACCCCAAACAUAUUAUAUCCCGAGUGGAAUCAGGGAAUUGACCGACCACUUGGCGCUGUCCAAAAUAAUCUCAAAAUCUGUUUGAUUGGUGCAGGAAUAUCGAACGCGAUAGCCGCACUGGAGCUGGUCAAGGCCGGCGCCCACGUGACACUCCUAGAGGCAAGAUCAGAGGUGGGCGGAAGAGCACGAUCAGAAAAAUUUGACGAUGGCUUCAAUAUUGCCGAAAUGGGUGCUAUGCGAUUCCCAACUUCAAGCGGACUGUUACUCUAUUAUGCCAAGGAAUUCGGUUACUGCUUUAUUUCGGAUUUCCCCGACCCCGGGAGGGUCCCGACGUUUAUUUCUUAUAGAGGUCAAGAUACUUACUGGAAGAAUCUCAAUGCGGCUCCCGACGGUUUCGAAAAGGUGCAUGCGGGUUGGGAAAGUUUUGUCAAGAAUGGAUUAGGAGAGAAUGGAGUAGAAAUUUUUAAAUCUCUAAAUGGCUUGAGAGCGUUGCUUCAAUCCAACGACCAAGAAGUAAGACUCACAGCAGCCCCUCUGUGGCAGAAAUACUUAGACUCGUUCAAAAAUUUCAGUUUUUCAGGAGGACUUCAUCGGAUUUUUGGACCGGAACACGAGUGGGAUGUCCCUGGGCAUCAAGUAUGGAAAGAAAAUGACUUUGAAAUGUUUGGGAGCCUAGGGAUAGGCUGUGGAGGAUACGAACCUGUCUUUGACAGAGAUUUCACGUACAUCGCUCGCUUAGUGGUCAAUGGACUCGAGAGCGAUCAAGCAACUUUUGCAAAGAUAAAAAAUGGUCGACCGGUCCCCGCACCCAUACAAGACCUGGUCAAGGCAAUCUGCUCGAAAGCCGCUGGUCUGGGGGCAACGGUUAAAGUCGACACCAUUGGCGAGGUGAUUUCUUCUCGUACUAUCAACGGUGCUCCCGCUGUAACCGUCGGAGAAACUCAUCAUGGCGUUACAAAUGAGGAUGUUUACGACCUAGUUAUCGUUGGCACUACUACCCGCUCUGCCAACGUGAUGAUGAGAUAUCUCAGUAGUUAUCACAGCAAACUUCUGUCGAAAGCUGCCAGCACCGCGGUGAACAACAUUAGCAUGAUUUCCUCAACCAAAGUGUUUGCCAGAGUGAAGAAGUUCUGGAACCAGAAAAAUAAAGAAAACUAUCCCAGAGUCAUACUUUCAGAUACAAAAGCGUCACAGCUCUACACGUUGGACUAUGGUCAUCCUGAUUAUGGAAUGGUUUUACUUACGUAUGCUUGGGGAGAUCUUUCUGAUCAGAUUAUGACAGUUAAGAACGAUAUGGAACUGUAUUGCAUUCUACAAAAUCAGAUCCAUGAGAUCAUGCGCCACUCGGAGUUUAGCGAUUAUGCGGAACACUUAACACCCGUCGAAGAAAAUGACAUACGUGUAAUCCACUGGCAGCUUCAGCCAACAAUCCUUGGGGCAUUCACCCUAGCCAGGCCAGGACAGGCGCAGCUCAUUGCCGAUGCGUUUUAUGACUUUCAAACAUUACUGGAAGGCAAAGAACACUCCGGAGUUCUACUCAACGGUGAUUCGAUAACUUUCGAGGGAGGUUGGAUUGAGGGUGCAUUGAGGAGUGCCAUGAACGUCACCUCCGCAAUCCUGCUCAAGUACGGAUCAGUAGAAGAAAAGUGUAAGGCACCAGUAACCCUGCUCAAUAGACAUAUUUAUAAGUAUUAG